AUGAUGUUUGGGAGCUUGUUGAACUACCUUCGGGAUUCAAAGCGAUUGGUUGUAAAUGGAUAUUUAAGACCAAGCAUGACUGAAAGGUGUAUCUAUCUGAAAGUCAGUGGGAGCAAUUUUAUAUUUCUGGUCCUGUAUGUAGAUGACAUCUUGCUUGCUAGUAAUGAUCUUGGUUUGUUAAAGGACACAAAAUCAUUUCUCUCUGAGAAUUUUGAAAUGAAAGAUAUGGGUUUGACCUCAUUUGUGAUUGGCAUAGAGAUGUAUCGUGAUAGAUCUCGUCGAUUGCUUGGGCUGUCACAGAAAGCUUAUAUCAAUAAUGUGGCUGCCAAGAAGGUGAUGCGUUAUUUACAGGGAACGAAAGACUAUAUACUCACUUACAGAGCCAUUGAUCAAUUGGAAAUGAUCGAAUGUUCAGACUCUGAUUAUGCUUGUUGCCUCGACAAUAGAAAGUCUACAUCUGGUUAUGUCUUUUUACUUGCUGAGCUUCGAGUUGUCGACACCAUCAUGAAGCUUCUGAGAAUGUAUUAUGACAGUGUUGCCAUUGUGUACUAUUCCAAGAAUGACAAGCAUUCAAGUAGAGCGAAGCAUAUUGGAGUGAAGUACAAUUUUGUGAAGGAGGCCGUUCAAAAACAAGAGGUGUCUAUAGUUCAUAUAAAGACAAGUCUAAUGAUUGCUUGUUGA